CUUAGAGGUGGCGGCCAUGGGGCGCUUGAGUUGGCGGUUGGUGUUCGCGGCUGGUGCGGGCCUCGCGCUGGCCCUAGAGGCACUGCCGUGGCUGAUGCGUUGGCUGCUGGCUGGGCGGCGGCCACGGCGCGAGGUGCUUUUUUUUCCCUCACAGGUGACCUGCACCGAGGCUUUACUGCAGGCCCCAGGGCUGCCCCCGGGGCCCUCGGGCUGCCCGUGCAGCCUCCCCCACAGCGAGAGUUCACUGAGCCGCCUGCUGCGCGCGCUGUUGGCCGCCCGCUCCAGCCUGGAGCUCUGCCUCUUCGCCUUCUCCAGCCCGCAGCUGGGGCGUGCAGUGCAGCUGCUGCAUCAGCGCGGGGUGCGCGUGCGGGUCAUCACCGACUGCGACUACAUGGCCCUCAACGGCUCUCAGAUCGGUCUGCUGCGCAAGGCAGGUAUACAGGUACGGCAUGACCAGGACCUAGGCUACAUGCACCACAAGUUUGCCAUCAUCGACAAGAAGGUGCUCAUCACCGGCUCCCUCAAUUGGACCACACAGGCCAUCCAGAACAACCGGGAGAAUGUCCUGAUUAUGGAGGACACAGAGUAUGUGCGGCUGUUCCUGGAGGAGUUUGAGCGCAUCUGGGAAGAAUUUGACCCCACCAAGUACAGCUUUUUCCCCCAAAAGCAGCGAGGACACUGACCCUGCUUUGGCCUACUCCUCCUCCAGCCUGUUCUCGUGAUGUCCCCUUUCCUGGCUGGCUGGGGAGCAUCCCCAGCAGACGUUAGGAAGCAGGCAAGUGUUGGGCAGUGCUGCAGGCUACCCUCGAUAGGCAGCAUCUUCUCCUGGGCAUCACCAGACACGCCUCAGAGCGCACUGGCUCUUGUCUCCCUGCAGUGUGUAGUCGCUGGGGGGCACUCCCAUUGGCCACGCCUGCAGCUUGCCCAGGCUUGGCUUUGCUUGUCCAUGCCCCUCACACAUAGAGCCAGACUGUGGACUUGGGAGGGACCUCGACUCUAGCCCUGUGGCGGACUCAGUGCAUUUACUCGUGGCUUCUUGCUCAGUAGUGGAUCAGAAGCUGACGACAAAGGGAACCCCGGAGGUAAGCAGACUGCCCAGGCUGUUACCUCAGCUCUGCUGGGCACUGACAGGAGUCAGAGGAACAGCUUCUCACACCUGUGACAUGAGCUGCAGUUUUGUCAUUGUUCGUGCUUGUGUGCACGACAAGCUCCAUGUGGCUCCUGGCAUGUCUGUCCCUUAGCUUAAUAGCGGAUUCUGCACAAUGC